AUGGGACUGCGUCGCACCGAUCCUCUUGACCGUCACCGGCGCGAUUGCGGCGAGGAAGGCAGCAGCCAACUGAACACAGACGCCGCCACCGAUGGCGCGGAGGAUGCUGAGGACCAGGCUAGCAUCCGCAGUGAGCAGUGCGGGCGGGCAAAGCAAACUGGCCGUAGCACCCCGUUCCCGGCCAACCUUUCUCCACACGCCUUGAGCUCGCAGCAACUGCUUCAGAAUCAGGUCCAGCAGCAGCAGCGCUCCGGCAAACCUCACGACUCUGCCCAGAUGGAGUCGUCUUUCAGCAGCAGUCAGAUUGGUAGCUUGGUGCUCAACAGCUGCAGCGCAACACUACCGGCUGCCUGUAGCGGCGCUACAGGUGGUAACGGUGGUGACCGUCGUUGUGGCAGCACGCCCGGAGCCGCUGGUAGCGGUGGCGAUGGCGUCUCCCCACCGUCCUUGCGCCAUCUUCAACCGCCUGCAAAUCACAGCCAUGUGAAUCUGUUUGUGCGGCAUCUGCCGCUCGAGCUGAAUGAAGAAAAGCUGCGAGCGAUGUUCGCCCCGUUCGGCGAAAUUGUCAACUCGGCUAUCAUGCGCAACAUUCACACCGGCGUCAGCCUCGGCACUGCCUUUGUGCGGUUCGCGAAACACGAGGAGGCGAUGCGGGCCAUGGAGGCCUUUGCAGGAGGCCGGUCGGUGACGGGUUCGAAACGGGUGACGGUGCAGUGGGCCCGCCGCGAGCAUGACAAGGCCCCUUCCGGGGAUGAGCGGCGCAAAAUGCGAAAACUGUUUAUUCGUAAUGUGCCAAAGGACGUAACGCAGGAGAUGCUCAUGGCCCUCUUUACUCAGCACGGCUCGGUGAAGUCGGUCAGUACCCAUCGCGACACGGCAGCCGCCAACGCCGUUUCGCAGCCAGGCGGCGGCGGUGCCACUGCUGCGGUGGAGGCGGACCCCUCAUCCCUCAGCGGACAUGACAGCGUCGCCGCCGGUUCCAGCACCGAUGACCGCCGUAUCGCGUUUGUCACCUUCGAGCAGGAGGGCGUUGCGGAGCAGGCGACCGCCGCGGUGCACAACACAAUGCCGUUCGCUUCGUGCCAAGGCAUUCCACUCAUGGUGAAGUUAGCGGAGGACACACCAGUGCGGCACAAUGCCCUUGGCGGCAACACCGCCAGAGCCAACAACGUUGGCAUCCUGAACGGCGUUGGUGCGAAUGGGAAUGGGGCGCAUGCGCCUCACAACAGCAGCGGCGGUAGCGUAGGUGCACGCCACUCUGCCAUCAUGGUCGGCGUCCCCAACAAUACUCUCAGCUGGUCCGACGUGCCCGUAACGGACUAUAUUGUCACACCAAUGACGUCGCCCCCUGCUGCGCAGUUGCAUAGCACCACUGGGCUAACAUUGCCGCCGGGCAGUGGACGCGGAAUGUCACUGAGGUGGGGUGGGGCGUCGGGUAGCGGUGCCGGUCGAAGCUUCCCUCGUGUGCCACCGGACGGCAGCGCAGUCCAAGUGCUCUCGCCACCGCGCUUCUUUGCCGGGACAACGGGCUCAGCCGGGUCACCGAAUGAAACCCCACCGUACGCCGGCCUCACUCCAGUUCACAGCAACUCAGCAGUGCUCCCCUACGGUGGGCAGACCUCUGGGAGUGCACAAGCACCCCGGCAGCCCGUUCAAAGCCCCACACCAUUCUUGGCGCCGCCGAAGUCCUCGUCAGCCACGACGGCCACUCCGCAGCACAUCGGGGUCUUCAACACUGCAGACGCUGUGCUUGACGGCUCGCAGACGCCUGGCAGCAUGGGGCUCAUAGGGGGCAGCAGCGGCUCACACCCAGUCCAGGCCGUGGGCAGCGGUUCACCAGAUCUUAUGGGCUUUGCUGGUGGCGACUACGCUGGCGGCUUCCCGGUAUCCUCGUAUGAGACGCAGGAGUUUUACACGAUGCUGCAACAGUGCAGUAGCAACCUUGCCGCCGCCAGCGGCGCUACUGCAAAGUCGCCGCCAUCGAGGCAGCUUUCCGCAUCAGUGCCAGGUGCCGGUGCCGCUCCACACUCAGGCAACGGCCGCAACCAUAGCAACAGUAGAGCCAACGCCGGUGGGUUGUCCUUCCACGUUUCGGGCUCCCACACCGACGCCGUGCAGAGAGAUGGAGUGACCAGCUCAUCUCUGCCGCAGUCAGCGCAGCCCUCUUCCACAACACCGCUCAGCAACUCAUCUUUUCAGCAGUCUCAGCCAAAAACCUUGGUGCUUCCGCAGCCUCGCUCCGGCGCGGUGCAGCAGGCGCAACAACAGCGACCUGUACCAGCAGAGUCUGAAGGUGGCAGCACUUUGAGUGGCGGCCACGCCCCAGCGCCAUAUCGACUCAUCCCACAGCCACGCAGCAACGCGAGCACCAGCCCCUCCGUGCCCCUCAGCCGCUCAGCCGCUGCUGCUGCGGCGGCCGCCGCUGCCGCUCCUUCUUCCUCUGCCUCUCGGCGCGCUAACACACUGCCGCCAGACGCCUGUCCGCCUUCGUGCGCAUCGACUCCGCAGAAGCAUCUCCCGCGAGUGUUGCCGCCAAGCACCAGCGCAUCCUUCACCGCUGGCGGCGGCGCCCGUUCCAGAGGCAACGGCACAUUCACCCACCGUGUCGCCCCAGAGGCAGGGGCCGGUGCGGUUAGUGGUGCGUCGAACCUGCGCCAUGGCCCACGUGCCACUUCCUCGCCCAUGCACGCCAUUCGCGGCGGGACGAGUGUUGGCGGGGGCGGCAGCAGCAGUGCGAACAGCGCUGGCGCCGCCACUGUGACGUUGGCAGCCCCUCUCAACUCGGCGCUUGCGGCCUCGUUUGCGAGCAACAACACCAACGACUUCCAGUUCUACCAAGCCACCCGCACCCUUGGUGCCGGCUCUGCAGCGAGCUGCAGUGUGCACGGCGCAAUAGACACGCGCGGCAACUCGACGAUGAAGUACACUGCUGCUCCCCCAGCGCAGCCGACUAGUCUACCGCUGCCACCAGGCCGCUCCCCCGCGCCGCAGUCGCCGUCGCGGCGCUUCUCUUCUGAGCCGACGCAGCCCGUCACGGCAGCCGUAGCGCCGCCAACGUUCACGACAGCGCCCUUGAUGGCGGCGGUGGCCAAGAUGAUAUCAACAGACGACGCUGCGUUGACUCCUGACAAUACGAAUACCUUUGACUAUGGCGCUUACACGACGGACGACAUCUACGCAGCCAAGUCUCACUACAGUAUCUCGUGUGCGACGAAGUUGAUGCGUGCGGUGGACGGUGUCGACCCGCCGCUGUGUGGUUCAGCCAGUGGCACCGGCAGCAGCGAGAACGUGAACACGAAUCUCAAGAAACAGAGUGCCACCAGCGCGUUUCGGGCCCAACUAAGCAGCCCUGCUCCUGCCGCGACCGCCUCUUCCGGCGCGGCCGCCUCGACUCUUCGCAGAAGUGGCCAGCUCGGUGACCCGAGUCCGUGCUGCUCCCUCUCGCUCGGCGGUGCCGGUCUCCUUGACAACAAUCUGCUUUUCCAGUGGGAAAGUAACUCGGCCGCAAUGAAUGUCGCCUCCGGUAGUACCGACUUCGCAAGCAUAGCCGGAGCAGCGGCCCCGACAGUGCUGCCUUUUAGUGAUGCUCAGCGCAGCAACGAGACCACAGGGGUGUUUGAUAUGAUGUCCAUGCUGUCCGAGUCGCGCACGCAAGACCUGAUUGUACUCGCAGAUGCGCCGACGGCCGGGUCUGUGUCAAACAUGAGGUCGCAGCCUGACGCUGGCGACUACUGGAGUGCCGCGCAGAUGCGAGAUACAGAAAAGCUGGGUUUCGGCGCCGUGGGCGGCGGCGAUAUGGGAGCGACAGUCCACCACGGAUCGUCUACGGCGACGUCGACAUCGAAGGAGUUGAGCCGCCGCAGCACUGGCAGGACGUUGCCCGGCACGUCUGCGCAGCCGCCUUCGCGAAUCGGCCGCUCUGACGACGAGGACGACGAGCAGGCAGGCUGGAUGGUGUACCCGGACAUCGACCUGAACCUCGGCUGGCCCCUCGGCUCCACCACAAAGUCAAAGAAAGGCGGUGGGGUGGUCGGCAGCGGCCUCAACAGCGGCAGCAGCCGCGAAGAUGCUGACCACCUUGGCUACUCGCAGCAGCUCGGCCACGCGAUGGACAACCUGUACAAUCUCAUGAGCUACGACAACGCCUCUUACUAA